GGGGCAUGUUGGAAUACAGGUGGGUAAAGAAGCAGUAACGUGUAAGAGGAACAGUGACAAUAACGAGGUGUGGAAUUUAAAUGUGCAGCUCAACACCAACCAACACACCGUGUGUCUAUAUUCUGCAUUAUGAAGAAUAAAGUACAGUCACGUGAUCUGGGAUAAACGCCCAAAAGUCUUGGUACCCCAGAUCCUGUAAACACCCGACUAUUGGGUUCACACACACACACACACACACGCACACGCACACACUGAACACUGUAUACGGUUCACACACACACACUGAACACUGUAUACGGUUCUCUCACACACACACACACGCACUGAACACUGUAUACGGUUCUCACACACACACCGAACACAGUAUUCAGUUCAUACACACACAUACACCGAACACCAUAGUGCACUCCCGCUAUCCCACAAUGCACAGCAACAGUGUAACUUGUCAUCGCUCUUUGGUUGUUUAACUGCUCACGUGAUCAUAAGAAACUCCACAUAAGUCCGGGGUCCCGUCUGCUGUCUGUCGCUCCCCUCGCCAUGGGCACCACACUGAGUGAACCCUGCAUCUACGACAAGCUCUCGGAGAGCAUCGACAUCCUGCGGCAGUCCGGUUACCGGUACGGCAUGUCCGAGAGAGAGAUCGAGAAGUUCAUAAAGCAGGUCCUGGAGACCAACGAGCCGCGCAGAGAGCCGGCCCAAUUCCCCGUCCUGAGGGCCUCCAUCAAGGUCAUCACGGUCGUGUGUCUUCUGCUGCUGAUGGCUUUGAUGUUUGCGUACACUCAGUGUUUACCUACGUCCGGCUCGGUCGGCGCAGCAGAACAGUACAACUGGUCGUCGCCUCUGAGUCACAUCCGACUGCUGUCGUUGCCCAUCGCCAAGAAGUACAACCUGCACAGUUUCCAUGCGUGGUGGAGCAUGAGUCACACGCUGCUCAACUGCUCUGGAUGUUCCACUGUUUCUGCGGUGUUCGAAGUGUCCACGUUAAUAAACAAUGAGUCUGUUCACAAACACACACGACCUGUGCUAGUGAAGGGUGGAGAGUCUCUGUGUUUGCGGAGGCAGCAGCUGGAGGCGCUUCACUCAUCACACUUUGGCUGUCUGUCUGUCCUGAUGGAGGAGAAGGAGGAACUGAUGUCAGAGGUUUUCCCUCAGGGACCAGCCAACUUCAGCCUUCUCUGGAGGGUCGACCCUGAGUCGAGGGAUAACGUGUUUCACUCACUCUUUCCUAGUGCACUACUGUGCCCCCUUACGCAGAGUGUAGGAAGGACAGUGCAGCGCUGUCGAGUCACACACAGCACCAGCUCUCAAAGCAGAGGAGAGUGUGUGUUAGGUUGGUUAUUGGUUGGUGAAGGCUUUCCCACAGUGCGUGUUUUACCACAUCAGCACUGCCAAACCCACUGCAGCUCCUUUAACUUGUGGCUUGAACCGGGAGAUCUGGUGUACGCAGACCCAUAUUUCUGGCAGCUGGAGCUGUUCCCUGGUCGAGGAGAGAACGUGGUUUGCGUCGGCUCGGCCGUGUCAGACUCCAGCACAACGCCUUCAGCGCUUCACUGUGUUUAGUUUCUUUUACACAUCAGUCAGAGAAACCUGAGAGCUCCGCUGUUGCAGUGUUGGACACGUCCCACCCUCUGGCUACACAUUUCCUAGCUGUAACCUGGGAACAUACAAGAUGACCUUUAUACUGAUUUCUACAGAUGAUGUGAGGUAUUGAUCGUUGGCUGUACGAUAUUUAAGAAACUGAACAGUUUAACACACACCACAACAUUAAAGCCUUGUGCUCUGUGCUGCAGGGAAACAUUUGUGUGUGUGUGUGUGUGUGUGUGUGUGUGUGUGUGUGUGUGUGUGUGUGUGU